AUGCUAAAGGGUGUCUCUUAUAUGAGUUUAAAUGAUGAUGAAGUUCAAACAUUUAGUGGUUGUUCAUCAAGAGAUGAAAGUGAAGAUAGUGAAGAUGGUGAACGAGAUGAUAUGCCUUGUAGUAAAAAUUUUGAUGAGUUUGAGGAAUAUUCUGAUAUUGGAGACAUGAAGUAUGAGUGUCAGUAUUGUGGGGCUUUGCAUUGGAAGCCACCGACUUUAUUAUGGGAUUUGAUAAUGGGAAAUGAUGUUCGUAGUCGAGAAUUCUUAGCAAAUAUAAGAAGUUAUAAUAGUGCUUUUGCUUUAACUUCAUUUGGUGGAAAAAUUGAAAGUGGUCUAAAUGACGGAGGUGGUCCACCACAAUUUGUUAUUAGUGGGCAAAAUUAUCAUCGUAUUGGUAGCUUGCUUCCAAAUGUGGGAGAGACUCCUAAAUUUGCCCAACUUUAUGUUUAUGAUACUCAGAAUGAGAUCCAAAAUCGAAGUUCACACUUUAGGAAUUCGGAUGGAAGUUGUAAGCUAAACAAAUCCUUAAUUGAAGAUCUUUUGGCAAUGGUUGAUGAGUGUAAUGUCUUGGUGAAAUCAUUUCGAAAGGUACGUGAUUUCAUUUCUAUCAACCCAUUGUUAAGGAUUUCUCUAAGAUUGUUUAGAGCUAGACCCAAAGACCCAAGAGUGUACAAUUUACCUUCUGUGGAUGAGGUAGCUAGUUUAAUUGUUGGUGAUUUUGAUUCUACUGAUUGUGGUCGAGACAUAGUUGUUAGUUCAAUGGAUGGUACUCUUAGAAGAAUUCAUGAGACACACACUUCAUUUUUACCGUUGCAAUAUCCUUUGCUUUUUCCUAAUGGAGAAGAUGGAUAUAAAGAAGAUAUUUUGUUUCGCCAAGAUGGAGAUGGUCGUGUUUUUAAAAAGAGAGUACGAGUAUCUUUGAGAGAAUUUAUUUCUUUUAGAAUUCAUGAAAGAAUGAGAGAGGAUUCAGUUAUAUUGCGUAGUAGAAGAUUAUUCCAACAAUUUCUUGUGGAUUGUUAUUCGAUGAUUGAGGCUAAAAGAUUAUCAUAUAUCAAGGGUAAUCAAAAGACAAUACGUCGGGACUUCUUAUCUGGAUUGGAGGAGGCUAUGGAGAAAGGUGAUGUCGAUUCAGCAUCAGUUGGAACAAGGAUAGUUCUACCUUCAUCAUUUACUGGUGGAAGAAGAUAUAUGUUUAACAAUUGUCAAGAUGCAAUGGCAAUCUGCAAACAUGUUGGAUAUCCAGAUCUUUUUAUAACUGUUACUUGCAACCCAAAGUGGCUUGAAAUUCAAAGGUGUGUUUCUGAAAAAGGCUUGAAUGCCUAUGAUCGCCCUGAUAUCUCGUGUCGGGUUUUUCAUAUUAAAGUGAAGCAGUUAAUGCGUGAUUUGAGGAAAUGUCAAUAUUUUGGGAAAGUCUCAGCUGGAAUGUAUACCAUUGAGUUUCAAAAGAGGGGACUUCCACAUGCCCAUAUACUUAUUUGGUUAGCGCCUGGUUCAAAGCUAACAACACUAGAGAAAAUUGAUUCAGUUAUAUGUGUAGAGUUACCUGAUCCAGUUGCUAGCCCGAAACUAUUUGAAGUUGUUUCUAUGUUCAUGGUCCAUGGUCCAUGUGAUAAUGGGUAUGUUGUUCCUUAUAAUGCAAAAUUGUUGAUGAAGUACCAAGCCCACAUUAACAUUGAAUAUUGUAACAAAUCGAAUUGCAUCAAAUACUUAUUUAAGUAUAUCAACAAAGGAGUUGAUCGGGUUACAGUUUCAAUGAAAAAUGAAUGUAAUGAAGGACAAAAUGUGCCGGAGGUUGAUGAGAUCCAACAAUAUUAUGAUUGUCGUUAUUUGUCUGCUUGUGAAGCUGCUUGGAGAUCAUUUUCAUUUCGUAUUCAUGAUCAUUGGCCUCCCGUUCAGCGGUUACCUUUUCAUAUGCCCAACAAACAAGUUGUAUUAUAUGGUAAUGAAGAACCAAUUGAUAGGGUCGUUCAAAGAGGUCAGAUGUCUGAAACAAUGUUUACUGGGUGGAUGGUUGCUAAUAUGAUAUAUGAACAUGGUAGGCAUUUGACAUAUGCUGAUUAUGCCGAUUUGAGAACUGUUGAUGGUGUUGUUCGAGUGAGCUUUCAGGAAGCAUGUUCUGCCUUGGGAUUAUUAGAGGAUGAUAAAGAAUUUAUUGAUGGAUUAAUUGAUUGUGCUGAAUUGUCAGGUGAUGAAGUCCCUCAGUUUGAGAAUGUCAUGUUGUUUAACGAGUUAAGAUUUGACAUUGAUGAUAUGUCAGUUAAACAUAAUAUCCAUUUGAUGAAGUUGAAUAAUGGUCAAAGGAAAGUGUAUGAUGAGGUUAUUGAUGCAGUUAAUAAAUCAGAUGGAGGAUUUUAUUUUGUCUAUGGUUCAGGUGGUACAGGAAAAACUUUUCUUUGGAAAACCCUAAGUUAUAGAUUAAGAUCUGAGCGGAAGAUUGUGUUGAAUGUUGCAUCCAGUGGUAUAGCAUCUCUUUUGUUACCUGGUGGGAGGACUGCACAUUCGUUAUUUAGUAUCCCACUUGUGUUAAAUGAGGAUUCAUGUUGUAAUAUUAGGCUGGGUAGUAACAAGGCAAAGUUGCUUAAACAUACAAGUUUAAUUAUAUGGGAUGAGGCACCUAUGGUUAAUAGGUGGGCAUUUGAGGCUGUUGAUAGAACCUUGCGUGAUAUAAUGGAAGUUGGGGAUGUUUAUGGUGGGGGAAAGCCGUUUGGUGGAAAAGUUGUGGUUUUAGGGGGAGAUUUUAGACAAACUCUUCCUAUUAUCCAGAAAGCAAGUAGGGAAGAAAUUGUAAUGGCUACUAUUAACUCAUCAAGACUAUGGAAAUUUUGCAAAGUCUUAAAACUUACUGAGAAUAUGCGUUUGCAUGGGAAUGAUUCUUUACAUGAUUGUGAAAAAUUGGUUGAAUUUAGCAAGUGGAUACUUGAUAUUGGUGAUGGUAAUUUGGGUGAUUACAAUGAUGGUGAAUGUGAUUUAGAUAUUCCACAUGACUUGAUGGUUCCCUUUAAAGAUGAUGCUGUGUCAAGUAUAGUUUAUUCCACCUACCCUGAUAUUCAAAGGAAAUUUUUUGAUGAGGAAUAUUUUAUUGAUAAAGCUAUUCUUGCUCCCACUUUGGAUAUUGUUGAUAGUGUGAACCAGUUUGUGCUUUCAAUAGUACCUGGCAAAGAAAAAGUGUAUUUAAGUUCAGACAGUGUAGUCAAAGUUGAUGAAGAUGUAGCCAUUGAUGCAAAUUGGAUAACCAUUGAGUUUUUGAACGGCAUUAAGGGAUCUGGACUUCCUGAUCAUAGGUUGUGUUUGAAAAUUGGAACGCCCAUUAUGUUAAUGAGAAAUAUUGAUGUUUCAGCUGGGUUAUGCAAUGGAACUCGGCUUAUUGUGUUGGAUCUUAGACCAAAUUUGAUUUAUGGGAAAGUGCUAAAUGGAAAUAAAGCUGGCACAAAAACAUACAUCCCACGCAUGACUAUUGUUCCUUCUGAUAGUGGUCUACAUGUUAAAGUUCAACGCAGAUGGGGAAGGUCUCCUAUGUACCAUUUAAUGGAAGGCAUGGAUUCUCAUAAAUGGGAUCAGGUCAACUUACAAGGAUGGUCUGGCUACCUCAAUAGACUUGAUGGUCCGAUUUACACCAAUUUGGUUGUUGAGUUCUGGAAGAACGCUGUCUGCAACGACUACUACGUUGUUUCUCACGUGCUGGACAAGAAGAUUGUAAUCUCAGAAGAGUCCAUUGCAAAGUUGCUGGGUAUGGAAUUCCAGCAAGGAAAAAGGAUUAAGAACGUUGAUGCAAAUGUUCCUGGGAUGAGGAGCGUGGUCAACAAGGCGAUUUAUGACCACUGGGAAAUGGAGAAAACCAAGUACAAUAUAAAGGACUUGAAGCCUCAGAUGAAGAUUUGGCAGAAGAUAUUCCUUACCUGCAUUCACCCCAGAACUGGUGGAACUGAAAAUCUUAAUGCAACUCAAAAGAGAAGGAAGCUUCCUCUGAGGGGUCCCCUUCAGCUGAAAGAGGCAGUUGCAGAGCAAACAUCUGAACCUGCUUCAGAAGUUCAACGUGAAAGGAGAUCUAAAAGAACUUCUGAUCCAGCAAGGGCUGCAAAAUCUUACCACAACCACAUCCAUCAGAAGUCCAAGUAA